AUGGUAAGUACGAGACCGGUGCUGCCGUCUUUGAGGGAGAAGCAUGGUGAAUUAAUGUUGAGGGAGUUUGUGAAAAGGUGGUCGAAUAAUAAGAUGAUGGUGCGAUUGCUUUCGAUAUUCUUUCACUAUCUUGAUCAGUAUUUCACAGUUAGAACACUGCUCCCAUCAUGUAAAGAAGUUGGUCUCAUAUGCUUUCGGGACCUAGUGUACAAAGAGAUGAAGAAGAAAGUGAGGGAUGCUGUUAUAUCUCUGAUUGAUCGAGAGCGGGAAGGAGAGGAAAUAGAUCGAGUGUUAUUAAAGAACGUAUUGGAUAUAUUUGUUGAACUUGGAAUGGGUUACUAUCGGGAUGACUUUGAGGAAGCGAUGCUGAAAGAUACAGCUGUUUACUACUCCCGAAAGGCUUCUGUUUGGGUAUCAAACAAUUCAUGUCGUGACUAUAUGCUCAAAGCUGAGGAGUGCUUGAAACGAGAAAAGGACAGGGUUUCACAUUAUCUUCAUGCAAGUAGUGAGACAAAGUUGCUCCAGAAAGUACGACACGAGCUUUUGUCUGUGAGCUCCGUGCAUGCCACAAAACUGCUCGAGAAGAUGCACUUGGGUUCUCAUCCAUUACUUAGGGAUGAAAAGGCUGAGGAUUUCAUGGAUAUAUAGAGGCAUUGGUCGAGCAAGACGAAGAUUUUCGAAUUCAAACAUUUGUUUUGAUGAUUAUGGUAGAUAGGGGUUAACUAAUUAGUAUUAGGCUGUGGUUUAACAAAUGUAAUAGAUUGAUUACCUGGACUAUGAUAUUUCAAGGUUUACCCACCAAGGUCGCUAACUCGACUUUGUCACACAUGGUCAGUAUGGUGUGGUUUACGCUUCUCGUAUAUGUUGCAAGCUAUUAU